AUGACCUUCUCAAAACAAAUCCUUCUCCUUCUCUCCAUCUUCUUCUUCUUGCCUCUCCUAAAUGCCUCAGACCCAAAACCUUGCUACACCUCUUCAUGUGUACACGGAAACUUCGAUGGGAAGAUCCACGUUCGUUUCCCUUUCUGGCUAUUCCCCAAGCAGCCUGAGUCAUGUGGCCACACAGGAUUCAACCUCCUAUGCACCAAUCAUCACGAGACGACACUAAAGCUUCCCAACUCUGAAACAUUCCUCGUCCGAGAUAUCGACUAUCUCCAGCAACGUAUACGCCUCAACGACCCCAAGAACUGCUUAGCCAGACGACUUCUCAGCUUUGACGCUUCAGGGUCUCCUUUCUCUCCUCUCCACCUUCUCAACUACGCCUUCUUGACCUGUCCUAAAGAAGACGUCAAUUCCUCUCUUUACAAACCCAUUCAAUGCCUUGGAAAUUCCACAACCUCCUUCAUCGCCACACGUUUAGACCUCGUGGCUUCGGUGCCACCCUCUUGUAAGAUCUUCAAGAAAUUACUUCUUCCGGUUUCCGAGCCUAUCGCCUACAUGGCAGGAUUCGCCGGUGACCUCAAGGCUAAUUGGAGAUGUGGAUCUGUCAACAACAUUACCCUCCAAGCCCAAUGCUUCAGUUCUGUGAACUCCGGCUCAACCGCUUGGUUUUCGGACACGUGUGGUCACGAUUUGAUUUCCCACGACGGAAGACGGCCUCCUUCAGCUUUCGUGGAGGUACAAGUAGGGGAUACUAGGCGGUUCGCAAGCAAACUUAUAGUGAAGCUAGCUACGGAUCAGACCUACCACGUCUUCGACGAAUGCAGCCAAUACUGCAGCGACUAUCGCCCUUUCGCCAAAGGGCUAUGGCCUGGCGUGCUGGGCAAGUUAGAGGUCGGGAUCUUGGGAGCUACAGGGUUAACCCCGAUGAAGAACUCGCAGUUUCAGAGACACGCUUACACUGUAGCCAAGUAUGGGAACAAAUGGGCAAGGACUCGAACCGUGGUCAACAAUGCGUCUCCCAAGUGGAACGAGCAGUGCUCAUGGGAUAUUUACGAGAAGUGCACCGUCUUCACGAUUGGCCUCUACGACAACCAUCAGUUAGUGGUGAAUAGCGGCCUUGAUGAUGUUCCGAUCGGGAAAGUGAGGAUUCCGUUGAGUAAGCUGGACUGGAACAAGAUCUACACGGGCUCGUUUCCGAUCUUGGUGUUGGGGAAAGAAGGGUUGAAGAAAACCGGUGAGAUCCAGCUGGCGAUCCGAUGCGCUAUUCCUCCGCCAGCGUGGUUGUUUUUCUCGCCGUCCUACUUUUUGGCUACGUCUCCUUUCCGUUGGAUGCUGCCGAAGUCUCAUUACAAGGCCCCUUUGGGGCUGCUUCAGUACGAAGACCUGAGGUCGAAAGCCGUUGAGGUGAUAUGUUUUAACUUGAAUAAAACAGUGCCGAAGUUGAGAAACGAGGUGGUCAAGGACAUGUUGAAGCCGAGGAGUAAGAGGUUCAGUAUGAGAAGAACCAUAGCUAAUUUCGAGAGGCUGUGUAGAUUCUUCAUGUGGUUGUAUGGCCCGUAUGCUUGGCUGGAUGCGAAUCUGGUCUCCACGACGGAUGUUGGUCGGAAAGCGGUUACGUUUGGUGUCUGUUUCCUACUUGUUGUUGGCCAUCGCUUUUUUUUGUGGUUGUUGGUGGAUUGGUGGUUAUAUGCGUAUAUCGGUGGGGUUUAUAUUCUUUACCGAGUGUACAAGCUCAGGACCGUAGCGUUUAACAUGAUCAUGAAUCGGAGCAACCCUGCUACUCCUUUGGUUCUGGUGGAUUUGAAGCUGUCGAAGCUGGACUCUCCCAACCUAGACAUAUUAGACGAGGAGUUUGACUCGAUGCCAUCGUCGGAGUCUGACGUGUACGUGCUUAGGAUGAGGUACGAUAGGAUGAGGAAGAUGGGGGAGAAAAUCAUGUUGUUAGUGGGAGAUUUUGCGUCGCAAUGCGAAAGGCUUCAAGCGUCCUGGAGGUUAUGUACCGACCAUAUAGUCGUAGUAAUUUGCUUGGUGUUCCUCGGUUACGGAGUUCUUCGGUUACUCCAGUCUGAGACUGAGUAUGUGUUUAAGUCUGUCCUUCUCCUCUUUAUUUCCUAUUGGCUUAAAUUCCCGUGGCAUCGCUACGGUUUGCCAAGCGCCACCAAGAACUAUAUCAGAAGAUUUUCAUCCCACGAAGACCUCAUCAUCACCUGA